UCUUCUGUAUUGAUACUAGAAGCUGCUGCAGCCGCUUUCUCUUAUUUAUUAAAAUUGUUCUCGAAAUUUUAUUGAUGGAAGAUACGGAAAUUAGGGGAGCACCUUCUGUAAUUGAUCGAUAUUUUACAAAGUGGUAUAAAACAGAUCUGAAGGGCAAACCAUGCGAGGACCACUGUGUUCUGCAGCAUUCCAACAGAAUUUGUGUGAUCACACUUGCAGAAACGCACCCGCUCCUACAAAAAGGGAAGGCCAUAAAGAGCAUCAGCUAUCAAAUCAGCUCCGCAUGCAGUCGCCUUGAGAACAAAGUGUCUGGGAAAUCCAAACGAGGUGGCCAGUUCCUCACAGAGCUUGCACCACUGUGCAGAAUAACAAGCACAGAUGGAGAGGAAUUUACCAUUUUUAGCUGUGUUAGAGGCCGUCUUUUGGAAGUCAAUGCAGACAUUCUAACAAGGCCAAACCUUUUACUUGAAAAGCCAUCUACCGAAGGUUACAUCGCCAUCAUUCUCCCAAAAUUUGAGGAAAGUAAGAGUAUAACAGAAGGCCUUCUCACCAGAACAGAGUAUGAAGAUGUGGUCUCCAAACGAGCUGCAAUGAAGGAUCUUCUGUGAUAGACACAGCGCAUUAAGGCAUUUCCAUCCUGUGGUAUGAGAACAUUGUUAAAUUCUGUGACAAGUGUGUGGAUAUGAAAUAGUCAAUUUUGGUUCAAGCUGAUUAAAAUCAAAAUUUAUUGUUUACACAAAUGAUACACCAAGCCAUAUAUUAUUUAUGAAAAUAAUAUACAUUUAAUUUUUUGAUGUAAAUUUAUUCAAAUGUCAAAAGGGUUAAUGGUCCAAAAAUAUUUUCCACUACCACCCAUUACCUGAUCAUUUUUCUUCAUUCAGCUUUACAUUCUAAAAAUAGUUGUAAAUUCUCAACAUUGACUCACUGUGAGCUUUAGUACCUAGAAUUAGUAAUUUAUGUAUCAAAACACAGAAUGUCGUAAUAUCAAUGCAUGAACUGGAGGUCCAGCAUGCACAGUAGGUUUUAACAGGACACAAGGAAUGGACAACGAACAGUUAGCGCUACAUUUGUGCUUGACCAAUACAGUGUUCAAUCAUUUUGUGUAGACAGGGAGCAUAUAUUUUUGAAAAUAUAAUGAAUGACGUAUCAUUACUAAAUAUAGAACUAGUACUAAAAGUAAUUAUACAGCUUUUUCCUGUCUUCCUCUUCCAAGUCUUUUCAGGAUUUGGAAGUUAAAUGUUACGGGAGGGGAAAAGUACCUUCUUACUGGGUAUUAAAAUCUGAGCGACAACCGUAAGACAAUCAUGAGCCUUCUGGGCCUUCAAAUGUUUCAUGCCCGAUUCCUGGUGUCACUGCAAUUAUCAUUAGAAGUUUCACUACUGAAACAGUGCAAGGAGAAUUAGGUUUACCUCAUUAGCAGAAAACAAACUGAUGUAACUGCAUGUGUGUGUGCAAGCCUAUUUGACAAUCUUCUUGAUCUUAUGAAUUUUUGUGCUCAAGCACAAUCUGUUCGUAUAAAGCAUGCAUUUCUUGUAUCUUAUAUUUUUACUGCACUUUGGAUCAUGGCAGGGACUGAGAAACCACUACUGGUACAUCACAAUGCAGUGUACUGAUGCAUGGGAGGGAGGCAGAGCCAAGUGGCACA